AAGGAUGGCGCGGACAGGCCAAUGGGCGGCGCGGCCCCGCCCCCGCAGCGGCGCGAGGCGUGGCGGCCCCUCCCGCGGCGCUGAGGGAGCGAACGGCCCGGCCCGGCCCGCGCGGCGCUGCCCGCACCGGCACAGGCGCCCAGCGCAGCCCCGCGGGGCCCCCGAUGAUGCCGGGGGCGCGGGCGGCGGAGCAGCAGCGCUCGGACCCGGAGUUGUGGCGGCCGCCGCCGCCCCAGUGACGGCCCCGCCAUGUCGGUGAUGGUGGCGAGGAAGAAGGUGGUUCGGAAAUGGGAGAAGCUGCCGGGCAGGAACACCUUCUGCUGCGACGGCCGCAUCAUGAUGGCCCGGCAGAAGGGCAUUUUCUACCUGACGCUCUUCCUCAUUCUCGGCACCUGCGCCCUCUUCUUCGCCUUUGAGUGCCGGUACCUGGCAGUGCAGCUGUCCCCAGCCAUCCCCGUGUUUGCAGCAGUUCUCUUCCUCUUCGCCAUGGCCACGCUCCUGCGAACCAGCUUCAGCGACCCUGGCGUGAUCCCCAGGGCGCUGCCGGAUGAGGCAGCCUUCAUCGAGAUGGAGAUCGAGGCCACCAACGGGACGGUGCCACAGGGCCAGCGCCCACCCCCGCGCAUCAAGAACUUCCAGAUCAACAACCAGAUUGUGAAGCUGAAGUACUGCUACACGUGCAAGAUCUUCCGUCCGCCCCGGGCCUCGCACUGCAGCAUCUGUGACAACUGUGUGGAGCGCUUCGACCAUCACUGCCCCUGGGUGGGCAACUGCGUGGGGAAGAGGAACUACCGCUACUUCUACCUCUUCAUCCUCUCGCUCUCACUCCUCACCAUCUACAUCUUCACCUUUAAUAUAGUCUACGUAGCACUGAAAUCUCUGAAGAUUGGGUUUCUGAACACGUUGAAGGAAACCCCAGGGACAUAUCUGGAGGUGCUCAUCUGUUUCUUCACCCUGUGGUCGGUGGUGGGGUUAACUGGAUUCCACACCUUCCUGGUGGCACUGAAUCAGACAACCAAUGAAGACAUCAAGGGGUCCUGGACUGGGAAGAACCGUGUGCAGAAUCCCUACAGCCACGGCAACAUAGUGAAGAACUGCUGUGAGGUGCUCUGUGGGCCCCUGCCCCCCAGCGUCCUGGACAGACGGGGCAUCCUGCAGCAGGAGGAGAGCACGGCACAGGUGGAGUCGUGCCCACGGGGGCCCAGCGCUGCUCCAGGCACCGGGGAACAGAUGGAGGGGAGCGGGGUGCCGCGGGAGGAUGGGAGCCUUCCGCACGCCAAUGCUGGGAGCGAGGCCUCUGUGCGCAGGGUCCCUGCGCCACCCCUGAGCCGUGCCGAGAUGCCAGAGGAGAAGCAGCUGACUUCUGGGGAGCUCCCAGUCCCACCCCAGGACGCUGGGCAAGCAGAGCACUAGCAUCUGCUUGAAGGGGAGAACUUUCUUGUUUUGUCUAAUCGAAGCUGGAGGUGAUGGAGGAGAGGAGGAGAUGGGCUGGAUGCCAGGCAAACAAUUCCUCAUGGCCGCUUUGCUGUAGUCUUUAUUCGUGGCUCUGGCCUCGCGCGGUGGCAGAGUAUCCAGAGUGGGAGUCGCCGUCCCCACGGGGCCAGGCAGCUGCAGGCCGGGGCAGGACCUCUUGCUCUGCAGGUUGUCCUGAGGCUAAAUACUGGCUGUCCCUCCACCUGACGAGAUGGCUCGUGGUCAAGCAGCUCGGAAGCGACGUUAGGGUCGGCCUGCUCCCUACUGCUGAGGAAUCCUGGUGGGAAGGGGAAAGCAAGUCAUGGCAGUAGCAUCCUCUCUCCCCUCCUCCCUUCUUCCUCUAUUCUGUGGCAUUGUUUUGUUGGUUAACGUGACAAGGGUUGUCAGGAGACAGUUUGGUGCCAAAAGGGCCAAGGUAACUGGGAAGGUGUUCUGCUGGCAGUGAUUUUGAAGUAGCUUCCUUCCCAUGCUCCUUUC